CUUCGCGUUGCCUUCUCGUCGCUUUGCGUCGCCCGACAGGAAAUCGCAGCUCUACCGUCUUUGCAUUUACUUUGUAUGUAAACUCACCUCCCCUUCGCUUUUGGUCUGAAAGCACAGUAAGUUCAAUUUUAGAGAAUUAUAAUAACAUAAGUUGCCAGUUAGAUAGCUUUACAUAUUUUGAAUUUGCCAUUAAGGUAACGUUAGCCUAUUGGUUGAGAGACAUGUUGUGCUAACUAGCUUAUGCUAAGCUCAUUUUUCCAGUGUUCACUGGCUGCUUGCUAACACUGUGUACCUCAGGUUGAUCAUUUAGGCUAAACUAAAGAAAAACUGACUGCUUUUCACUGACUUUGAAUGACGAGUUUCACCAUUUGAGUGAGCGCGCAUAUCAGGGACAGUGGGUGUUCUGUGUGUCUGAACUUUGACUCAUUUUCCACUCAUUCAAGUCAACAGAACCCCGUGAUCAAAGGCGACCAGAACAAAGCUGACUUUAAGUCUCUGCCACUUGAAGUCGUUUUAGGCGGAAAGGCCACCUGUCUGUCUGUCUGUCUGUCUGUCUGCCCGACUGACUGACUGACAGAAAAGUGGUGACGUUGCAGGAUGACGCAGACAAUGAUGAUGAUGCAACGCGGAGAUAACGGAGCUGGUUCAUAGACCUUCGCAAAGGAUGGUCUCAAAGAUCCCUUCAGGGUCUGCUCUGCCAGACAGCAAGACACGAUGCAGGGACAGCGGGCCACCGCGGCUUCAUGCUGAACCGGAUCAGAAGAAGCAGGCCAAGAGCUUCACGCGGAGAGAUGGGCUGAGGGUGUGCGCGUGCACAUGCUCGUGUGCAGGAGUGACUCAGUUGUAUAAAACUUCUCCAAGAGUGCACAGAGACCACAGAGUGAGUUUGUGUUGUUUAGGGUCCUCUUUAUUUUUUCCCUGAAGACAACUCUAAAACAGUAGAAAACUUUCGCAGGUCGGACACCCACGAUGUUUCCCUGCAGCGCUCUUCCGCCUCCUCUCUACCCGGGCUUACUGCGUCCCCCUGCGGCUCUCUCCUCGCCCCUGACCCGGUCACUCCCCUCGGGCUUCCUAGUAGAAGAUCUCCUCCGAUUAAGCCAGCCUGUCAGCUACGUACAUCGGACUUUCUCUGCCAGAAGUCCCGGGGACAUUCUCCCGCUCAGCCCCGGCCCGGGCGCCUCUCCCCGGGCGUUGGGACCCAGCACAGAGCGGUCUGUGCUUCAGAGCUCCGGCCAGCCGAGCCGCAGCAGCCCCGGCUCUCCGCAGACCGUCUGCCCGGACUCCGGCUACCUCAAGUUCGGCGUCAGUGCGAUACUGGCACCGUCAACCCGGAGCGUCCAGAGUUUUCAGGCUAAGUCCUUCCCUUGGUCUUUCUUUGAUGGAAGCCUCCAUCCUUUCAUCAGAGCCUCCUACUUCACAGCCUCCUCCACUGCGAUUCCUGUCCCGGGGACGUUUUCAUGGCCCCCGGCUCCCAGAGGGAAGCCCAGGAGGGGCAUGCUGCGGCGGGCUGUGUUCUCAGACCUCCAGAGGAAGGCCCUUGAGAGAACUUUCCAGAGGCAGAAAUACAUAAGCAAACCGGACAGGAAGAAACUUGCCAGUAAACUUGGACUUAAAGACUCCCAGGUGAAGAUCUGGUUUCAGAACCGCAGGAUGAAAUGGAGGAACUCCAAGGAGAGGGAGCUGCUAUCGACGGGCGGCUGUCGCCAGCAGACCCUUCCCACUAAAACCAACCCCCACCCAGACCUCACCGAUGUAGGCAGCACCUACUGCCACAGGCUGGACAGGACUGCACCCCCCAGCCAGGCACAGCUGGACAGCCAGGACUCACAUCUUCACCACCACCACCACCAUCAUCACAAUCCUUCCUCUCCGUCAGAGUCCAGCAAACAGUCCUCAGAGUCAGACACUGAAGAAAUCACAGUUUCAUAAGACCAGUCCACAGAACAACCUGCUCUGAGACACGGUCAGCUGUGAAGGAUGGCAGGACAGAAAAAGAUUUAAAGAAACUGGCGAAUGGAAGGAAAUACCACGAGAGUUUGAAUCUGCUCUGUACAUAGCUGUGUUUUCUCAGCCUUUCAGUGCCAUUUUUCUGUACAGUGUUGUUUAUAUUACUUUUAUAUGUAGUUCAGUAUAUCUAUAUACAGUAACUAAGGUAUGCUGAGCUAUUUUAGAUAUUUGUAGAUUGAAAUGUUUAAAACUCUUAAAUAUACAAAUUGUUCUUUCCAUACAUAUUUGUAUUCUUUAUAUUUUCUCAAAUAAAUCUUGAAAAGAC